AUGUCCAAGUACGCACCGCAUCAUAAAUCCAACAACAACCCUCGCGCCAACGCGUCCACAGUCUGCCAAAAAUGUUUGGGUCGGGGCCAUUUCAUAUACGAGUGCAAGUCGACGCGUCCGUACAUCUCGCGGCCUUCUCGCACGGAGAUCCUCGAGAAUCCAAAGUCGCUGGCUAAACUGAAGGACGCAGGCAAGCCGUCCGUCGAAGUUCCGGAGGAAUUCAAAAACAAG